AUGGGACAACGACGUGGGUCAACACAACGCACUUUAUGUGUCGCUUUGAUAGCACUUCUCAUUCUACUCCCAUUAUCGUAUGUCUUGUAUGAAUUGAUCACCUAUCUCACUCGUCAAUCCCAUCCACCGCUUAUUUCCGACGAUGCCGAGCUUUCCGGUGAUAAAGUGGAAGAGAUUGACAAUUUACCGAAAGAGGCCGAGCCCCUUCCAUCGAGUACCACUCGCUUCAAGUUCGAUCGCACCACUGGGAAUUGGGAGAAGAUCGAGACAACAACACAAUUGAUACGGGUUAAACCCUUUUCAUCAUCCGCAACCACAACAACUUCUGCACCGGCAAAGAUUCUUCGAGGACAACAACCGGCACGGAUACAUGAUGAGAAGACGACAACAACUACAACAACUGCUCAUCCACAUCACAUCAUUCAUAUACAUCAUAAACAUCAAGAGACUCAAAAAGUGGAGAGCUCGACGCUUCGCAUGGAAAAUCAGACUCCAAUUCAUAGAACAGCUACCACUUGGAGGAUACGAGCACAGACACAACAAAGAGUUCGUGUGAAAGAUCCGUUGAAUGAAUUGUUGCCUCAUCGAUGGGAGAGUCGAGAGAAAAGCACAGCUAAAACUCCGGAGAAAAGCCGGGAAACUCCACCACCACCGACAACAACAACAACAACAACAACAACAACAACAACAACAACGACAACAACAACAUCAACAACAACAACAACAACAAAAACAACAACUCCGAGGACUCAAUGGCCUACACGACCCACCUAUGUACACGGUCCCCAUCAUCUCCCGCAUCAACAUCAACACCAAUGGGAUCAACAACGAACCACCACCACCACCACACUUGCGACAACAACUCAUCGACAUCAUGCUCAUGGCUACAGCGGUCAUCCAUAUCCAGUUGAUGAUCGAUAUCGACAACGAUGGGGACAUCAACAACAUCACCAGCAACAACAACAGCAGCAACAACAGCAGCAACAACAACAGCAACAACAACAGCAACAACAUCACCAGCAACAACAACACCAAAACAAUCAAGAUCGAUCACCCCAUCACCCACACCAAACACCACACGAGCGACCGGGUCAUUCGCACGAUCAUCGGCAAAACGUUUGGCAUCACCAAGUCACCACAACCACAAAAAAGCCACAGCCAUUCGAUGAACGAAAGAAUUCAAUUGAUGAUCCCUUCGUUUUUGAGUCUCAUCCACUUCCUGAUGACGAGGAUCCAUGGGGAAGAGAAAGAAUUGCAAAUGAUUUACGAUAUGGAGACUCGAGAUUGAAACAAAGAGUGGAAAAUGAGGCAAAGCCACCAAUCGUCAUUCAAUCCACUCGAACGCCCGAAUGGCCAACCCUGAGAAUCCCGAACAGUGAACCGAUCGAGGACGAUGAUGAGGCAUUGGAGAGUAUUGAUGAAUUUGACGAGCCUGAACCAACCACUCAACCACCAACCACCACCACUUUGCCUACGACAACAACAACAACAACAACCACAACAACAACAACAACAAGGACAACAACAAGGACAACACCUGAGACUCCGAGAAGAAGAGUUCACACACCACCGCCUCAUCAAGAGAUGUACAUUGGUGAUAUCACAAUCGUGACGGCGUUGAUGGAUAUUGGACGAGGCGACUGGUGGGAGUAUCGACGACCGUUAGAGAAAUAUCAUGAGUUUAUGGAGAAUUUGUUGAGUCUUCGCAACAACAUGGUCAUUUUCACCGAUGAUAAGAGCUACGAUUUCAUCGUCGAGUACCGCAAGAAGAUGGGAGUUGAGGAGAAGACAAAGGUCUACCAAAUCACUCUUGAAUCCCUUCCUUUGUGGCGCUAUCACGAUUUUGCAAAAGAAGUGAUCGGAAAAGAGCACAAUGAUACGCUCAGAUACCGUAAUGGUGGCUGGGAUCCGCAAAUGAUGCAACAUCCCGAGGCGAAGAGUGCUGAAUACGAUAUUUUGGUCAACUCGAAGACGCAUUUCUUGCAUAAUGUGACGAUCGAUAAUCCCUUCGACUCCGGUUUCUUUGUGUGGAUCGAUGCCGGCUAUGGGCAUGGAAAUGCCGACGUUUUUCCAUUUGAUGGAGUCUGGCGUCCCACUUUUCCCAAGGGAAAAGUAUCAAUGAUCAAGUUAACUCCUGUCCAUGAUCCGAUCUCGAGCUAUAAAAUCGAUCGUCUCUACCGACAAAACUGGUCUGUCGUCUCUGGAGGCUUUAUCGCUGGCGAUGCCCAUACGAUCGGCCAAUUGCAUACGCUUUUUUAUCGGAAAUUCGUCGAGCUCGUGCAACGAGAAUUUAUCGAUGAUGAUCAGACAACAAUGGUUUUGGUGAUCAACGGGAAUCCGGAUCUCUUCAACAUCGUGCACGGGGAUUGGUUUGACGCUUUCCGAAAAUUCGAUCCAAUCUUUAGUCGACGAAGAAGGAGACGUUCCCGAAGAUUACCACAA